AUGGAAGACCAGGAUCAGAGGCGUAGUAAAUGUCCUUUACUACGCACUGAACAAACAAAAUUGUUUUGGUUUGAAUUUAUCUACCUGGUCCACAGCUGUUUCAUCAACUGGGACACGGAGAUGUAUUAUGCAGAGAAGGACACACCUGCCAAAGCUCGGAGCACAAGUCUGAAUGACCAGUUGGGGCAGAUUGAAUAUAUUUUCUCAGACAAAACAGGCACUCUGACUCAGAAUAUCAUGACUUUCAAGAAAUGUUGUAUCCACGGAAUCAUCUACGGUAAGAUCACAGUCACUCUCCUCCUGGUCUCCUUCGGCCUUGCCAUUGGCUCAGGGUUAUGGGCCACCAGGUUCUUCAAAGAACACAGCUACCUUUUUGCCUUUUACCGCCACACCAGUGCAGUCAGCUAUGCCUUCUUUGCGUUCUGGGGAUUCCUCAUCCUCCUCAGCUUGGUCAUCCCCAUGUCCAUGCUCAUCACGUUUGUGCUGCAGACAUUCUCCCAGGCUGCUUUUAGCAUUGACAUCCAGUCAGUCAAGCUGACUGAGGAAGGGAGAUCCCUCGGAUACUCAGGUGAGGUGGUCUGCGAAGAGCCAAACAGCCGGUUACACAACUUUGUUGGUACCUUGGAAUGGCACGGAGAGAAAUACCCUCUUGACUGUGAGAAAAUCCUGUUGCGUGGCUGUAGAGUACGUAACACAGCGGUCUGCUACGGCCUUGUUAUUUACGCAGGUUUUGAUACCAAAAUCAUGAAAAACUGUGGAAAGAUCAAGUUGAAAAAAACGAAACUCUGCCAUCUGAUGGAUCGUCUCGUGCUCUUGGAUUUGAGCUGGAACAAAUAUAUAGACAAGAACCUGGAAUUUUAUGACCAGUUGCUUUUGGAUACCAUCCGGCGUGACCAGGAUCCGGUGGUGAGGGAAUACAUGCGGUUGCUUGCCCUGUGUCACACUGUCAUGGUGGAGGAGAAAGAAAUGCAAGAUCCUGAAGGUUGCAUCAAGCUUUACACCAAAGGGGCAGAUUCUGUCAUCCUAGAAAGACUCCACAGUGACCGGACUAAUGAAGAUUGCACCGUCAAAGCACUGGAUCUUCUGGGUGCCACAGCCAUAGAGGACAAACUACAAAAUGGGGUCCCUGAGACCAUUCAUCUUCUCAAAAGGGGGGGCAUCAAAGUGUGGGUGCUAACUGGAGAUAAGCAAGAAACUGCUGUCAACAUUGGGUUUGCUUGCCAACUCCUUUCCGAAGAUAUGACCAUUCUGGAGGAGAGCGAAAUCAGGUACCGAGUUCUGAAAGAGAAAAUCUUUCACACGGUGGAGAACAAGAAAUCCAAGGAGAAGAAAGGUCUUUUGGAGCAUUUGCGCUUCCGGAUUAAGGAUACCAGCAAGGAGCACGGGUACUUCAUUGAAAAAGCCUUUGUGGAACUGGCUACCACUUGCCAAGCUGUGAUCUGUUGCAGGGUCACCCCCAAGCAGAAGGCCCUCAUUGUGCAAAUGGUGAAGAGACACAAGAACCCCAUCUCCUUGGCCAUCGGAGACGGGGCCAAUGACGUCAACAUGAUUAAAACUGCAGACAUAGGGGUUGGAAUCAGCGGGCAAGAAGGCAUGCAAGCGGUGCAGUGCAGUGAUUAUGCGUUGGCUCAGUUCCGCUACCUUCAGAGGCUUCUCUUCGUCCAUGGCAAGUGGUCCUACAUCCGGAUCUGUAAAUUUCUCCGCUACUUCUUCUUCAAGACAUUUGCUGGCAUGAUGGUGCAAAUCUGGUUUGCUUUUUAUACAGGAUUCACAGCACAGGAUGUGAAUGCCAAGAAAAGUCUGCAGUUCCCUGAGCUGUACAAGGCAGGUCAAAAAGACCUCUUCUUCAAUUUCUGGAUAUUCUUCGUGUCGUUCAUCCAUGGAUCCUUUGUCUCUUUGGCCAACUUCUACAUCACCAUGUGGGCUAUGGGGGACAGAUCGGGCGUCCGGGUGACGGGUGAUUAUCAGUCCUAUGGUAUGGUUGUUGCAACCUCCGCCAUCUUGACAGUCUUGACUGAGAUGUUUCAAGCCCGGGAGAUGCAGAAGAAGCAAUCGACGGUGGAGCUGACAUCUCACAACAAUAGGAAUUCGCUCCUGAGGCGUUCCAGCUACGCCUUUUCCCACAAGGAAGGAUAUGCCCACCUCAUCGCUAAGGGAGCCAGUCUGCGGAGCAAGACUGUCCCUGUCCGCAAACAACUGAAUGGCUUGUACAGCACCAACAGCCCUGGAAAAGACAACUCACUGCCAACAGAGAUCAACGCUGCCCCUAAAGAAGAUUCUUUAGAGCAGAAGGUCCAGCUCGGUUGA